AUGCUACAAGCGGAGGAACUUUGGUUAAAAGAUGUUCAAUUUCAACUGACGUCGAAGGCCAAGACAAGAAAAUUGGAGCGAGAAUUCGGACUGUACCGUAACGAAAGAGGUAUUUCGAGAUGUGAAGGCAGACUCAAGAAUGCAGAAUUAACUACGACGGAGAAACACCCAGCAAUCUUGGAUGCGGAACAUUCUGUAACGUCACUAAUAGUGACAGAUAGUCACGAAAGAGUAAAACACAAUGGUGUAAAAGAAACCUUAACAGAGAUUAGAUCGAAAUUCUGGAUUGUUAGAGGUCGUCAAUACGUGCGAAAACUGAUACAUGAAUGUGCAGUAUGUCGACGACAGGAAGGAAUUGCUUACAAACCAACAGAUCCACCAGCAUUACCAGUAUUUAGAAUCACGAAAGAUCACCCUUUCACGUACACAGGGGUGGACUUCGCUGGACCACUGUAUGUGAAACAAAUGAACGCAGUGGCUAUGCAGAAGGUUUACAUGGUUAUAUACACUUGAGCUGUGUCGCGAGCAGUACCUUUGGAUGUUGUGAGUGAUAUGACGGCAGAAGCCUUUAUAGGAAGUUUUAGGAGAUUCACAGCCCGCCAAGGAAUACCACAAGAGGUGAAAUCAGACAAUGGAGAACAUUUAAAGCAGCUUCAAAACAAUUGGCAGCCCUAUUCAAGAUUUCAAAAGUGAAGAAAUACCUUUCAGAUCAAAGAAUUCGAUGGACAUUCAACCUUGAGAAGGCUCCAUGGUGGGGAGGGUUCUUCAAGAGACUAAUUAAGAGUGUGAAGUGAUGUUUAUACAAGAUUCUUAAAAAUGCCAGAGUCACCAACGAAGAACUUUAUACUGUGCUUACAGAGAUAGAAGCAACAAUAAACUCGAGACCGCUAACAUAUGUGUCUACGGAAGACCUAGACGAACCAAUUACACCUUCACAUUUGAUAAAUGGAACAACAAUAAACUCGUUGCCGGACUAAGUUAAGCCAGGAGAGGAAUCGAGAAUUGAAGAGAUAACCAACAACAAAGUUGCAAGACGAGUAUCGUAUCUUAGAACUUUAAAGGAACACUUUUGGCUGAGAUGGAAGAACUAGUAUAGAUCUGCUUGAGUUACGCAAUGCUCAUCGACAGAAGACUACACGACAGAAAGGAAAUUGUAUUAAAAUUGGAGAUGUUGUAGUUAUUCAAGAAAGGAACGUACGUAGAGUAAAGUGGAAACUCGGUAGCAUCGAAGAACUGAUAGAAGUAAAGGACGGUGCUAUUCGCGGAGCGGUAGUUAGGAAAUUAACAAACAAAGGAGGAAAAUGUACGGAAAUUAGACGGCCAAUUCAGAAAUUAUACCCGGUUGAGUUGUCGGAAGGCGAUGAAUAA